UUCCUUCUGCUGCUCACGGCAAUGUUGAAUUCCAACCAAACACUAGCAAGACCAAGCAGCUUUAACUCGGUGGUUCUUGGUAUGAAACAUUCUAGUACUUCUCUUCCUUCUCCAAAACCCUCAAGGAAGUCAUCAAAAAGGCCGUCAGAAGCUUCAGACAUGAUGGAGCCUUUGAGGGAGGUGAGAGAUGGGUAUUUAAUAUCUCUUAAUUUUGGGACACCUCCUCAAGCAAUUCAAGCAUACAUGGAUACUGGAAGCGACCUUACAUGGGUUCCCUGUGGGAAUCUGUCGUUUGAUUGCAUCGGUUGUGAUGAGUAUAGGAACAAUAAGCUGACAGCAGCCAAUGCAUUCUCUCCCUCUUCAUCUUCUUCAUCAGGUAGGGAUCUUUGUGGUAGCUCCUUCUGUAUUGACAUCCAUAGCUCAGAAAAUUCUUUUGACACGUGUACAAUGGCUGGAUGCUCAUUGGCUACCCUUCUGAAAACCACAUGCUCCAGACCAUGCCCUUCUUUUGCUUACACGUAUGGGGCUGGAGGGGUAGUCACUGGGGCACUAACAAGGGAUACCCUUACUGUUCAUGGAAAUAGCCCUGGUGUCACAAGGGAAAUUCCAAAAUUUUGUUUUGGGUGUGUUGGGUCUACAUAUAAAGAACCUAUUGGGAUUGCAGGGUUUGGAAAGGGAGGACUUUCUCUCCCUUCACAACUAGGAUUUUUACAAAAGGGCUUCUCUCACUGUUUCUUGGCCUUCAAGUUUGCAAAUAACCCUAAUAUAUCAAGCCCUUUAGUUAUAGGAGAUGUUGCAAUAUCAUCUAAAGAUUACUUGCAAUUCACUCCAAUGUUGAAGAGCCCUAUGUACCCUAAUUUCUACUAUAUUGGCCUAGAGGAGAUAUCUGUAGGCAAUGCCAGUGCAAUCAAGGUGCCCCAAAACUUAAGGGAAAUUGAUUGGAAAAGUAAUGGGGGAAUGCUGAUAGAUUCUGGAACCACUUAUUCUCACCUUCCUGAGCCAUUGUAUUCACAACUCCUUUCAGUUCUGCAGUCAGAGAUAAGCUAUCCCAGAGCCACGGAAAUGGAGAUGAGAACAGGAUUUGAUCUUUGUUAUAAAGUGCCAUGCACAAAUAACAAUUUCAUGGAUGAUCUCCUUCCUUCAAUAACUUUCCAUUUCCUGAACAAUGUGAGCCUUGUUUUGCCGCGAGGAAAUCACUUCUAUGCCAUGGGAGCACCAAGUAACUCCACGGUAGUGAAAUGCCUGUUGAUCCAAAGCAUGAAUGAUGGAGAUUACGGGCCAGCUGGGGUGUUUGGAAGCUUCCAACAGCAGAAUGUGGAGGUUGUGUAUGACUUGGAGAAAGGGAGAGUUGGCUUCCAGCCUAGGGACUGUGCUUUAGCUGCAGCUGAUCAAGGGCUUCACAAAAUAUAA